CAAAUUCAUGUACAGUGUAGUGGAAAAUGUCCGAUCAGGUCUUGUCAAUGCGUGAAUUGCACCACACAGCAAGGAGUUAAGACUUUUUUAAGGUGCUAUCGUAAUCUCUAUGUUGUAAGCGACAACUGAUCCAAUCAUUGUUUUGUCGACGUGAUCGUUUACCAUGAAUCGUGUGAGUUGUCCACAACAUCCUGAAGCCAAUCUGGUUGAGGAUUACCAUGCAGGAGAUAUGAUCUGUCCAGAGUGCGGUCUGGUGGUUGUUGAUAGAUGCAUUGAUGUUGGCUCAGAGUGGCGCACAUUCAGCAACGACAAGGCUACCAGCGACCCGUCACGUGUGGGUGCGGCCGAGAACCCCUUGCUGAGCGGCGGGGACCUAUCCACCAUCAUAGGCAAGCCCUCGGGCUCGUCAGGCUACGGCGAAGAUGGACAGGCCAAAUACCAAAACAGAAAACAGGUCAGUAGUUCAGACAGGGCAUUACUGAGUGCAUUUCGAGAGAUCUCACACAUGUCUGAUCGUAUCAACUUGCCGAGAACGAUAGUGGAUCGUACCAACGGGCUCUUCAAGCAAGUUCACGAACAGCGAAGCUUGAGGGGGCGGAGCAAUGAUGCAAUAGCUGCUGCCUGUCUGUAUAUAGCUUGCCGACAAGAGGGCGUGCCUAGAACAUUCAAAGAAAUCUGUGCUGUGUCCCGAGUCAGUAAGAAGGAAAUUGGUCGCUGCUUCAAGCUCAUUAUCCGAGCGAUAGAAGCCAAUGUCAGCCUCAUCAACAGCGGAGACUUCAUGUCACGUUUCUGUGCUAACUUGAGCCUCCCAACCUCUGUUCAGAAGGCAGCUACAUAUGUGGCUAACAAGGCUGUGGAGUUGGAUCUUGUCCCUGGACGGAGUCCCAUCUCAGUGGCAGCAGCAGCCAUUUACAUGGCAUCCCAGGCAUCUAAAGAGAAACGCACUCAGAAAGAAAUCGGAGACAUUGCUGGUGUAGCAGAAAUCACAAUCAAGCAGUCCUACCGUCUGAUGUACCCCAGAGCCAUGGACCUGUUCCCAGAGGAUUUCAAGUUUGUUACAAGGGUCGAAGACCUACCCCUACCGUAGUUGAAAUGUCCAUCCCGCCUCCCUUGUUAAUCCAAGACCCUCCUCCAAAGAGGAACUUCAUUAAGGGACAGCUUGUAGAUCCACCCAGCAUUCAUUCACAAGCCUGAAUUUAAGAACAUUUCACGUACAUGACCAAUGUUAUACUGGAAUGCCAGAACUCGGUCCAGUAGAUAUCUUUUGCCUAGUUGCUCCCCUUUUGAAAGUCAUUUUUUACCAAAUACUUUGUUAUGGAAUUUCCAGCAACAUGUAUUAGUUAUGCAUCACCGGAAAUGAUUUUCUGUUGGUUAUGUACCGCACCUGUACGCAAGUGAAGUAGUAAAGCAGUGAUUAAUAUAUGACUGCCCAGAAUGACUAGAUCACGAGGUGGACCUACUUUGACAAAGACUAAUCUUAGGCAACCCAUUUAAUGUGGGACAUGCCACCAAAACCAACAUGAUUUAAAAAAAAAACUGAUAUUGAGUGCACUC